GAGAGGCGCAGCACAUCCCGUCUCCCUCCCCGCAUUCCUUUCACACGAACAAGUCCCCGACCCAAAACGGCAUACUUUUUUUUUUAAUUUAGUAUUAUUAUUUUUAAAAAUCUCUGUUCUUUUCCGUUCAGCGAGCCCACAUCGACAAAACAGAGCUCAUUCGCGGGGUGAAAAUGUAUCCAAGCCGCUCUAACUUCUGCUGAAGCGCCCCGCCGGAGAGAUUUGGAGGAAAGAAGGGGGGCCGACGAGGAGAAAUUCCUCCGCGCAGCGCGCCAUUGACUGUAAAGACCUUUCAACUUAACAAAAACUGAAGUUGACAAAACGUAUCGCUGUCGGGGACGAAACUGUGAGAAAGAGUUUGUGUUUUUCGGCGACAGGAAGGGGAAAGCAGGAGAGGACUAUGCGGCUUUCCGAGGCGGUUUUUAUGGCUCCGCCGGUGGGGUUUUUUGGUAAAUGAGAGACGGGGGUGGGGGGCUGCGCGGCGGCGUUUUGUUUUGAUUUCCAUGUGAAACACAAAUUAGUGCUCCGCCGUCUUUCUCUCCCUCUCAACUUGCUCCUCGCCUUAACAUGGAGCAUUAUCAGGAAGACCUGGGACUCCGGGCCGCCGCACUGAUGGAGGACCUGUCCUUGUACGAAGCCUACAAAGACGGGAUGUACAGCGCCAGGAGGGACUUGGUGAUCAGCCCGGACUUGGACUUUUCGGCUCCGGCGGCCGCGGAGCUGAAGCCGGUGAACGGCAGCUCCGCGCUCCACCAGCAGCGUCACACCGUGGAGAAUUUCACGGCCGGGAAUAAAGUGUACAACGCGGCUCCGGUGCGUCCCGUGAGCUGCAGCCGGACGGUGCCCGUGGACUUCUGCGCCCCGCAGAGAGACCCGGCUGACGAGGACGGCUGCUGCACCAAGUCCGAGGUGGCUCUGCCGUGCUACUCGGGCACCUCCUCCGAGAGGCACCGGCGGUACUCCCUGGAGGUGCAGGGCCACAGGUACAGCACCGGCUCCGCCUUCGACGGCGUGCCCCUCAGCAAAGCGGCGCCUCCGCCCGGCAACAGGUGCAACAGCGUCUGCAUCCCCGGCAGCCACGACGGCAGGUACGGCGCCGCCAGCCCCCGCUCCAGCCUGGUGGUGCCGGGCCACGACAGGUACACCAGCCCCAGGUCCAGCAUGGUCCACUGCGAGGGCGCCGGCGUCCUCAGYCCGCGGUCCAGCUACGCGAGCACGGCCAGCGACACGAGCAAGCACUCGAGCCCGCGGGCCAGCCUGAACAGCUGCGACUGCUGCAGCAAGCCCAGCAGCAACCGGACCAGCGGCAUCAGCAUGGGCUACGACCAGCGGCACGCCAGCCCCAGGUCCAGCACCGCCAGCCAGUACUCCUUCACCACCAGCCCGAGGUCCAGCUACUCGGACUCGCGGUACGGGCCCGCGGUCAACCACCACGACGUGGAGGGAGUCAUCCUGCACGCGGCGCCGCUGGCCAGCCCGCGCUCCAGCCUCUGCAGCCAGGAUGGCGGCGCCAGACCGGGGGCCGGCGCCAACAACUGCGUGGUCAGCCCGCGCUCCAGCAUCUCCAGCCACAGCUCCAGGAGCUCCCGCAGCUCCCGGGGCUCUAUGAGCGCCUACCCGGACCUGCAGCAGCUGCCCUCGCCGCGGUCGUCCAUGCUGGGCAGCAGCUUGCACGAGGACUCCCUGCUGCAGGAGUUCGCGGACUCCAACGGGACUCAGACCCGCAUCCACCUCCAAGUGGUGCCCGAGCCCCAGCAGCAGGUCCAGGCGGCAGGGACGGGCGACAUCGUAGCCGCCGGGUCCUCCGUGAGCUACGGGGUGUCCUCUAAAGCGGCCUCGACGGGACAGAGGUUCAAGUUACCCUACCAGGUGACCCCCAGCCGCGAGAGUGGGCCGAGCCAGGCGGAGAAGCGGCUGGAGGCGCUCACCCUGGAGCUGGAGAAGGAGUUAGAGAUGCACAUGAAGAAGGAGUACUUUGGUAUCUGCAUCAAGUGUGGGAAGGGCGUAUACGGGGCGAGCCAAGCCUGCCAGGCCAUGGGGAACCUCUAUCACACGAACUGUUUCACCUGCUGCUCAUGUGGAAGGAGGUUGCGAGGGAAGGCCUUCUACAACGUCAACGGAAAGGUCUACUGCGAGGAAGAUUUUCUGUACUCUGGUUUCCAGCAGACGGCAGAGAAGUGCUUUGUGUGCGGCCAUCUCAUCAUGGAGAUGAUCCUCCAGGCACUAGGCAAGUCAUACCAUCCUGGCUGUUUCCGCUGUGUAGUGUGCAAAGAGGGUUUAGACGGCGUGCCUUUCACUGUGGACGUUGAAAACAACAUCUACUGUGUCAAAGACUACCACACGGUUUUUGCUCCCAAGUGUGCCUCGUGCAACCAGCCCAUCCUUCCAGCCCAGGGCUCUGAGGAGACCAUCCGGGUUGUUUCUAUGGACAAGGACUAUCAUGUGGACUGCUACCACUGUGAGGACUGUGGUCUUCAGCUAAACGAUGAGGAAGGUCACCGCUGUUACCCGCUGGAAGGCCACCUCCUGUGUCAUGGCUGUCACAUCCACCGGCUUCAGUCCAAGGUCCCCGCCCACCCUCCGCCAAGCUACCCUCUUCAUGUGACUGAACUGUAAGAGAGGGAGGGGAGACCUAGUUCCACCUCCCAGGUGAGCCAGCACUGCUCAGAAAGACGGGUCCAAACACUGCAGCUCCCACUACAAGCCCUGCUGUCACAAGGGGGGGGAAAAGGGCCCCCUGCACUUUUUAGUCCCCCUUUUUGGCGCCCACCCAGAGGCCCCUGGUGCCGGCACACCUUCCCACCUCCCCGCUUAUGUUUGUGGAGUGGGACUUCUCUCCGCACUCGCCUCUCUCUCUCUCUCUCCUGCGCUCUGACUGAAGGCGGUCCACGGCGGUGAAAAGCCACCGCGCCGUCACGGCUGAGGAUGCCGCGUGGGCUGGGGAAAGAGCCGCCACGCAUCCCGGUGCUGGCCGGACCCGGACAGGCAGUGCCUUUCGGAGCAGGUUUCCUCCGUGCAGCUUCUGAGACUGAAACAGACUGCUACAGACUAUGCAAAARGACACCCAGCGUGGUGACGCAGAGGGCCGUGCGAGGCGCCGCAGCACCACGAGCCCAGACUGACUGACAUUCCACUUAGCUGUCCGAGACAACACCCACAGAGAUUCACAAGCAGUGUCUUAAUUAAUGUUUAUUAUAAUACAGGAAAAGAAAACUUUAGAUGCACAUAGGUUGUCUUUUAUAUACGAUUAUAUAUUUCGCAGAAGUUUUUCACAUAAGAGCCUAGAUGUAGAUUUUAUUUUUUGUUAUUUUAUAUUAUUUUCAAUGUAUCGUCGUGAUCGAAAACACAGGUGCAGCUGUUUAUCCUAACGGUGUGAAGCUUAUUUUUGGGUCUGUUGGAUCAUUUCUCCUCCACCACUCAGUCUGUUCACRUCAGCCCCACGACCAGCACGCAUGCAGUCGUUUUAUUCUGCUUUAUUUCACCUUUAGGUUCAAAAUUUUAAAUCAAGACAACACAAAAAAAGGGUGAGUAAACUGUUUAGUUUUCAAUUAUUCUGGGACGUUGCUGUGCUGGCAGCAUAUUCUUAAAGUUAUUUAUUUAUUUUUAUCUAAAUUUUCUCAAAGUUUACUUGAAGCAGAAUAAAGCAAACUGCAUCCUCGUCUAAACAUACGUUUUGCUCAAGGUGUGUGUUCAGACGAUGGCGGUUUUUAUCCACACACUGUUUGUUGUCAUGUAAACACGUAGUGCAUUACUGUGAGGAAACUUCACUUGUCCACAUGCCUUAACAGCGACGUCUGUGUCCCACUGUGGUCUGCCAUGUUGUCUGCCCAUGCAUUUUGUUUCAGC